AUGGCUGGAGAAGAGGAGAUAAGCCUGGAAGAGACUAACAAGAUCAGAAAGUCUCUCGGACUGUCACUGAUUCCAAUACUGGAGAAGGCUGAACUAAACUCUCCGUCAGAACCGACAAAGUCUCAUGAAAAUGGAUCAGGCGAUGCGGAAAUCUCUAUUGAAGAGACCAACAGGAUCAGACUCUCUCUGGGAUUGAAACCAAUUGCCACAUCAGAAAAUUCUGCUAAUGGUCAGGCGCCAAGUGAUUUCGAUGAUGAAGAGAGGCAGGCACAACAGAAUUGGUUAGAAAAGACAGAAAAUGAAAGGAAAAUACUCCACCAGGAUAAGAUCCGCAAACGUAUCCAAGAAGCCAAAGAACGUGCGGAGAGGAGAAAGGCUUUAGAGGGUACAUCAGGAUUAGCCGAAAGUGGUGAUGGCGAUGACAGUAUUACUGGUACUAAAUCAUGGAUUGAAAAGUUCAGAGAGAAGCAACGCCAACUUCAACAGAAGCGGUUUCAGACUGAUGAAGACGAGCAAGAUGAUACUUCCAAGACCGCUGUAGAAGCGAAUGGUACUGCCAAACAAAGAACCAAAUCAACCGCAAAAUCAUCAAAAAGUGGUACAAGUAAAAAGAAAGUAUCGUACUCAUCAAAAGACCUAUCAGGACUAAAGGUUGGCCAUAGUCUGAAAGAUAUUCAAGACUUGAACCAAGAUACAGUUUUGAUCCUAAAGGAUUCAGAAGUUUUGGCAGAAGAUGAAGAGAAUGAACUUGUUUCUAGUUCAUUACUGGAAAAAGAACGCAUGGAAGAAAACAAGAAAAAUGCAAAAGGCAAGUCCAAAUAUGCCUAUCAAGAUGAAGAAGAUGCAGGAGAAAAUGGUGGCACUGAUGGAGCAGACCAGAAGUUUUUUGUACUAGAUGGGUCUGAAAUUGUCGCCAAUCAGUCUAGCAAAGAUAAUCUCGAGGCCGAAGACCAACCUAUGCAUCUGCAAAAGCAGGCAAUUACACUUGAUUUUGAUAAAUUCGACGUGAUUAAUCAGACGUCGUCUGAUUACCAAGAAUCCAAGCCUGUAAAAUUUAAAAAGCCCAAAAAGUUUAAAAAGCAGGAUUUGGAAAAGAAAAAACGAAAACGGUUUGACGACACAGAAGAGUCUGAAGUAAAGCCAGACAUAAAAAUGGCCGAUGUCGAUAUUCCUGAAGCUGACGAUGAUGAGGAGUUACAGUUGAGUCUUGCACUCAACAGGCGACGAGUUCAGGCGGAAAGAGCAAAAAAACGCAAGAAGCUAAGCCCUGAAGAACUGGCUGAACAAUUAUUAGCUGAUAAAGAAGAGGCUGAUAAUGAUGAGACCCAGUCUGGCGAGAACUCUAAUCGACUGGUGGUCAGUAACACUACCGACUUCCUUGCUCUGGUGAGGCAGAACAGUGUUGAACCUGAAAACAGCAAGCCAUCUCCCCCUAUUAAGGUUGAGACCCCUGACAACACUAUCGCCUCUAUGGAUACCCCAUCACAAACUAGCAAUGAGCCUCGUGUCAAGAAUGAACCCGAUGAUGAAGAUGUUAUUAUGGAUGGAUCAUCUGAAAGUACUCCCGCACCUGUCUCUAUAAAGCCAAUUGAAGCAUCAGCAAUUGCACCUGAAGAACCAAGUCUUGGUGGUGGUAUGGCAGAUGUGGUUCGACUUUUGCAGAACAAAGGUGUCAUUAAAAAGAAGACCGAAGAAGACAUUGCUAGAGAAGAGGCACAAAGGAGACAGCGAGAAUGGGCCCGCAAAGUCGAAAAAGACCGACUUGUCAACGAGAUCCGACUCCAACGGCAGCGUGAAGAGGAUCAUAAAAAAUACGAUCGACUCACGCACAAAGACAGAGAAGAAAUUGCUCAACAUGAGAACAGGCUCCGCGAACAGGAAGAAGCACGAGCCGCUCAAGAACGGUUUGCAAACUAUAAACCGGACGUCAAAAUCGAGUACCACGACGACCGCGGCAAUCUGCUCAGUACCAAAGAAGCAUUCAAGCACAUGUCCCGCCAGUUCCAUGGCACCAAUGCUGGAAAAAAGCGGGUCGAGCGAGAGCUUCAGAAACUCGAAGAAGAGCGCCAAAAGGACGCCGAAUCGCUCUUCGGCCCGUCCUCGGACUCAUCAUCCUCCAAGAAAACCAAAGCCGGAGUCCGUCUCCAGUAA